AUGGCUGCAAUUUUUCUACUACUACUUCUUCUUCUUCAAGUUGCAGCUGCUCAACAAGGCAAUAUCAGCUUAGGUGCUUCUCUAUAUUCCAAUAACAACUCACAUUGGUUAUCGGAUUCGGGUCAGUUUGCCUUUGGCUUCUAUAGCCAAGGAAAUGAUCUUCACUUAGGCAUCUGGUUCGAGAAAACUAAUCCGAAAACAAUCAUCUGGACAGCAACUCGUGAUCCUCUUAAACAACAGUCAAUUCCUAAUGAUGCUCGAUUGAUUGUGAGUGUCCAAGGACUUGAGCUCAUUCUAAAAGAGAAGAAUGCCUUCCCUAUACCAGUUUCAAAUUCUUCCCAGCCAGUUGCCAGGGCCUCCUUGCUUGAUUCUGGUAACUUUGUCCUCUACAAUUCUGAUUCAAACGUCAUUUGGCAGACUUUUGAUCUUCCAACAGAUACCAUUGUAGCCGGGCAGCGUCUGUUGGCUGGGAAAAGGCUCAUCUCCUCCAUUUCCAACACGAAUCACGGAAGUGGAAGGUUUCAAGUGAUCAUGCAGAGAGAUGGGAACUUGGUUCAGUACCCAACUGUUCCAUUCACAUUGACACCUGAUCAAUAUUCUUAUUGGGCCUCUGGGACAUUUGGAGCUGGGGUCAAUGUGUCCCUCAAUCUUGAUCAAAAUGGGGAGCUCUAUCUUCUCAAUUCCACUGGUUCCAAGAUAAAAAGUUUUUUUGUUCAGAAAGACCUUUCUAUGUAUCUUGUCUAUCGUCUGACGAUUGAUGCUCAUGGAAUACUGUGGCUGUACUCAUGUGAUUUGGUUAAGAAUGAUUCCUGGUCAAUUGAGUGGUCAUCAACUGACAAUAAGUGUGCUCCUCUUGGUCUUUGUGGCCUAAAUUCUUAUUGCGUUCUUGUGAAUCAGGAACCUUCUUGUGUAUGUCUCCCUGGUUUUGUUUUCAUCGACGGGGGCCAAAAGUACUCAGGCUGCAAGAGAAACUGGAGUACAUUUGGCUGCAUUGGUGAGAAUGAAACUUCAUAUUCUAUUGUUGAUGUGGAUAACAUAGCAUGGGAAAAUGCCCCAUAUUCCGUUCUAUCAAUGAAUAAGACUGCUUGUAAAGAGGACUGUUUGAUGGAUUGUAACUGUGAAGCUGCAACAUUUAGGGACCAGCUGUGCAGAAAACAAAAGCUCCCUCUAAGAUUUGGAAGAACUCGCGCACCCGGUUUGGUGACAACCUUUGUCAAAAAGGGUAUCACUGAUCAAAGUUCAGGUACAAAGAGGAUGAGCAAGGGGAGAACAAAAGUUGACACAGUCAUAUUUGUCAGCAGCAUUUCAACAUUAACCUUUUCACUUGUUGUUAUGGCACUUACUGGUGUUGUUAUAUAUAGAUAUCGUGUUUUGGAUGACCAAAAGGUUUCAGAUUCAGCUGAUGAAGGGUUAAUUGGAGGCGUUACACUGCGGUCAUAUACAUAUCGUGAGCUUCAGAAGGCAACCAAAUGCUUCAUCAAUCAAGUGGGAAAAGGAGCUUUUGGGACAGUUUUUAAAGGGGUGAUUGGUGGGAGAGUAGUGGCAGUCAAGCAACUAGAGAAUGUGCUGGAUGAAGAGCGAGAGUUUCGGAAUGAGAUGAAUGCAAUUGGGAGAACUCAUCACAAGAACCUGGUGAAAUUGCUCGGUUACUGUCAUGAUGGAACAAAUAGGCUUCUGGUUUAUGAGUUCAUGACCAACGGCUCACUUGCGGAUUUCUUUUUCAAAUCUAAUGGUGGAAGGCCAACUUGGGAGGAAAGAAUCGGUAUAGCCCUCAAUGUAGCUCGAGGUAUUCUCUAUCUACAUGAAGAGUGUGACACACAGAUUAUUCAUUGUGACAUCAAACCAGAAAAUAUACUAAUGAGUGAGCAGAAAUGUGCAAAGCUUGCUGAUUUCGGAUUAGCCAAGUUGUUGAAAGCUGAUCAUCAAUCUGGGACAAAUACUGGCUUCAGGGGAACAAGGGGUUAUGUUGCUCCUGAGUGGCACAGAAACUUGACAAUAUCAGUGAAAGCGGACGUGUACAGCUUCGGAGUUGUACUGUUGGAGAUCAUAUGCUGUCAAAGAGGUAUGAAUAUGGCCAUACCUGAUGAAGUAACUCUAGAGAAUUGGAUGUACCGUUGUUUGGAGGCCAAUGAACUGGAGAAGCUAGUAAAGGAUGAUGAGAUUGACACGAGUAAACUACGGGAGAUGGUCAAGCUCGGCCUUUGCUGCAUCCAGGAGAAGCCGUCAUUCCGCCCUUCGAUGAAGAAGGUGGUACUAAUGCUGGAAGGGAUACUAGAGAUACCAUCCCCUCCAAAUCCUUUCAGUUCCAGAGUUGAUGAAACUAAUUAG